CUGCAUUAUUGCAAAGGAAAAGGGUUAAAUUUGUCUCCACACUCCUAUCUCGUACGUACUCUGGUUUCUUCACUAGCUAAGCUUGUCCUGCUCUUUCUGCUUCAAAUCUGGCUUCUCUUUUUGUUUUUUUCCUCAUAUGCUGCGCUGUUUCUGGGGAUUCGAGCGUACGUCUUUUCCCCCAGAAAGCGGUUGUUUUUUUUUUUUUUUUUGAUGAAGCAGAAAACGGUUGUUUGGUUUCUUCUUGUCUCGAUCUAGCUCACUCGUCCAUAUCUAGAAAAGCUUCCUUCUUCUAUCGGUAGUUAACGUGGGAAAGUGAAGUUCAGGAGCUAGCAGUUAACUUUAUCACUGAAACCAAGUACCCGCCGCCGACGUACGUGAGAUAUAUCCAUCCAGCUUGCUCCGACGCCGGUGCUUUUCCCUGCCCGGCCAAUCCACCGGUACGUACUCUCUUCUUAUUAUAUCACCUCUUUGGAACAGUGGCGGAUACAUGGGCCUUUAGGGUGUCUCGGGACACCUCUAAAAUUUGGGAAAACGAUUAUCCAACUACCGGUAAUAGUUCCGUAUGGAUAAAAAAAAAUUAUAAUUGGUAAUCUGGGACACCCUUAAAUUUUGAAAAACGAUUAUCCUGUCAUCGGUAGUAGUUUGCGUAUGAUUAAAAAUAUAUAAGUAGUACUCUGUGUUAUUCAAAUUUAGGACACUACUAUUAUUAAACAUAUUCUCUAGGUUGCAACUCAUUUGUUGUUUUAUUUUAAACACUAUGUUAUAGUAAUAACACUAUUCUUUAUUCUCAAUUAUUUUCAAAACCUAACAAUUAAACUCAUUCGAGCUAUCCUUAAUUUGAAUUGAUUUUAUAGGUAUAGUGCAAGAGUUGAAAGAGUCUUUCAAGUUUGAGUUACAUCAGGAAAAAUGUUAGAAAUUGAAUAGGCGAUCAGUUCGGGAAUUAUUGUCUAAUAUGAUAUAUUUGCACUAAUCAAAUAUUUUUUUGAUUUAUGAAUUAUUUAAUUUAAUUUUUGGAAGAGGACACCCUAUAAAAAUUUCCUGAAUCCGCCACUGUUUUGGGAUGUGAACAAAAUAUGCAGCAGCAGCUACAAAAGGGGAAAAAAAGAAAGUUUAAUACUAACUCUUUCCAAGAUACCGUUCAAAUUGUGUUGUUAUGGGCCGAAAAUCCAAAUUUAAGACAUAAAUUUUUUGUAAAAUCCGCGCGCGAAAACAAAAAAAAAUUAUGAUUUUCCUGUAGAAUCCCAUUUCGCGCAAAUUGUUUAAAAAAAAAUGAUGUUUCGUACAACUUGCUCAUAGUUUAAGUCCCACUAGCAUUGUUGUCACGCCGGCUGGCGUGCCACCGAUUGUACCUGGUUCAAUCUGCACCGGUCAUAAAAUCGGCGUGACACCACCGGUAUGACCGGCAUGAUCGAUAUACGAAUCUCUAAAUAAAAUGAUCUUAUUUUAGUGAAUUUAAUUGAUAAAAAUUAUUUUAUUAUUUAUUUUAUGAGUAUAAAAGUUAAAUAUUGAUGUUAUUUGUUGGAUUCAAGUAUAAAUGUUUAGGUAUUGACGUUAAAUGUCAUGCUUAAAUAUGAGUAGUUAUAAUUUUUAUUUGUAAUCUUGACUUGCAUGAACCGGCACAAACCGGUAUGUGCCACCGGUCGAACCAUUUCACUUACUAAACCGGUACACUGGCAUAAACCGGUUUGACAACUUUGCCCACUAGUAUAUUGUAUUUCGCCGAACGGCUCUGCAUAUCGCAACAUGUCCAACCUUUUUUUAGCACGCGAGCAGCUCCAGAUCCAGAAAUAGCUAGUAGAUAAAAUGUUUUUGUUAUGUAUAAGAUUUCCACAUAUCUUGAUUUUCUCAGUCAACCCUAGCCAGACCACUCCAUAUACAGUUCUUUCUUUUUCUGAAUCAAUCACACAUACAACACUAAUAAUCAUCUUUUCCCCCUCAUUCCAUUCCAGACUUGCAGUGCUAGUUGAAGCUAGCAACAGUACAACUUAUACAAUAAUCUACGCAAAGGAGGAUGAACAGCAGUAGCAGUAGUACGUUUUGCGCAGUUCCUCCAGGGUUCCGGUUCCAUCCCACCGAUGAAGAGCUGGUGGACUAUUACCUCAGGAAGAAAGUCAACUGCCGGAGGAUCGACCUAGACGUCAUCAGAGACGUCGACCUCUACAAGAUCGAGCCUUGGGAUCUUCAAGAAAGCGAAGAGCAGAGCGAGUGGUAUUUCUUCAACCACAAGGACAAGAAGUAUCCGACGGGGAACAGGACCAAUAGGGCGACGACGGCGGGGUUCUGGAAGGCGACGGGGAGGGACAAGGCGAUUUACAUGAAGAACGAGCUGAUCGGGAUGCGGAAGACCCUUGUUUUCUACAAGGGUCGUGCUCCAAAUGGACAGAAGUCGGACUGGAUUAUGCACGAGUACCGACUCGAGACUGACGAGAAUGCCGCUCUCCAGGCAAAAGGAUGGGUGGUAUGUCGGGUGUUCAUCAAGAAGAAGAUAACAAGGGUGAGAAAGAAAAGUGACCAAAUGGAAUCCCCCAACUCAGCCGUGAUGAUGAUGGAUUGGAGAGUGCUUGAUAAGUUUGUCGCUUCCCAACUCAGCCAUGAUGAUGAUGAUCAUCAUCAACUACAGCUGCCGGCGGGCGGUGGGAAAUUUAAUAAUGCCACGGCGCCGCCGACCUCUCGAGCUACUACUAGUAGUAGUUUAUUCGACCUGUGGAAAUGAGAAUAUGGGUUUGUCCCAAAAUAUUGUAAUAUAUUUAGGGCAAUACUUGGCUGCUACCCUGGUUGCAGCGCUUUCCUGCAUCCAACACACGCGUUGGUAUAUUAUUGGUCUGUUUAGUGUUUGUAUGUUACUUACUUAAUUGUUGUCCUUCAUUUUAAUUUCCCAGAGUUGCUAAUGGUAAGUGACAGAAGCCGUUUAUAUGGCUAGAGAAUUUUUUUAAUUUGUCCUGGAAUCUUGAAUUAUUGAGAGUUUAAUACAAUAAUUGAAUUAAC